AUGGGUCUGAGUUUGGGAAAGUACGUGAACUAUAGAGUAAAGGUUAAAAUGAAGGAUGGGAGAUGGAUGGAGGGAACCAUGCUAUCUGUUGACGAGGAUGUAAAUGUAGUUCUUGAUGACAGCGAGGAAUUCCGGAAUGCAAGAGGUAGCAAAGAGCCUAGACGUAGAGUCUUGGGGCUGGUGAUGGCCAGGGGAGAUUUUGUUAUGGAUAUAGAAAUUCUCAGUAAGCCAGAGAAAGGUGAAAUGGAACUCCAGCAAAACUUGUGA